UGCCCCCCCCCCCACUUCUGGGGUGCUGCUGAGAGAGCAGGCAUGGCCCAGUGGAGGGGGUCCCAGCCCCUGCCUAGAGAGGGAGGCCCGAGGAGACGUCUUGGCCUGGCUACUGACUCUGCCGGCUGGUCCUGGGCAAGGCCCACCCCUGCUCUUCUGGCCUGAGAGCAGGGCUGUCGCUGUAGCGGGGGGGGGAGGACCCGAGUGCUGGCCCUGCCAGCCUGUGAUGGCCCUGCAGAAGUCCUUCCGUGCCGGCUGCAGGGCACACAUCCUCCCACGGAGUCCGUUACGCUUGCCCUGCUAGCAAGCACAGUCAGAUGAGGAUCUGGCAAUGAUGCUGGGUGAUGUUAGGAGCACUAGAUGCUAGUGCUGGAAUCUAGAUGAAGCCAGAUUAUCAAGAUUCCAGGUGAUCAGAUGCUCGAGAUGAUGCUAGCAAGCCCAGUCAGUUGAGGACCAGAGUGCUUGCAGAAGUCCCUCCGUGCCGGCUGCGGGGCACAUCCUCCCACGGAGGCUUCCUGCUCGUUUCUUGUGGCCGAGCUGCAGUGUGUGCCCCAUGCUUUCCCCCACCCCCGCCUGGGGGUUGGCAUCAGGGAUUUAUGCUGGAACUUUGUCAUGCAGCAUGUCUGUGACUCAGGCCAUGGAGUGGCUGACUGAGGAGAGAGACAACCGCACCAUGGAUGCGCCCCUGCCUGGCCAGCUUCUGCUAGGAAACUCUGCAGAAGCGGGAACCUCCUCCUCCACCACCACCACCAAGGCUGUUGCUGGGGCCAGCCUGGAAGCCAGCAGAGAGGAGCCGAAGGACGAGCUGAUGGAAAUCUUCAAGAAGAUACACAGGAAAAGAGAGUUCCGCCCUGAUCCACAGGCGGUCAUUGCCUUGGUGGAGAUGGGAUUUGACGAGAGGGAGGUGGUGGAUGCGCUCCAAGGGAACAACCACCAGCAGAACACAGUGUGUGAGUGGCUGCUGGGAGACCGGAAGCCCACCCCAGAGGAUGUAGACCAGGGCAUUGACCCUUCCAGCCCUCUCUUCCAGGCCAUCCUAGAAAACCCCGUGGUACAGUUGAGACUAACCAACCCAAAAACGCUACUUGGUAAGUGCUGCAGCUCUGUGGGAAAGGCAUUCAGGGUUACCUGGCACAGGUGCAUUUCUGCAGCAUCGUUCCCUGCCUUGCUGGACACAGAAUGGGGCUUUGCGCUGCAUCGAAGGAUGUAAACGUGACUGGGAAAGGCAGCGGCAGCAGCAGCAGCAGCAGCCGCACAUGGAGGCCUCUGGGCUCCUAAGCACUCCGCUGCAAAGUGGUUGGCACAGCGUCUCGGGCCAGUAUUGGCAGAGGAAUCUGUGGCCUCUCCAGUGGAUAAGAAUGUCUGCCCUUCAUCAAACCAGGACAGGAUCAGUUUAAGUUUUGCACAUAAUGCGACAGGUUUAAGUGUGUUCGUUGCCUUUGCCAUACUUGAGAAGCCCACCAGCGAAGAGACCUCUCUGAGGCCUACACCAGUUUGACGAGAAGGGUGAAAUACAUCUGUGCCACCGCACUGGGCACCAAUCUCUCUUGCUGUUCAGAAGAGGUCUGUGGCCAUGCCUCUGUCUCCCAGCAGGUGGCGGUGGUGAAUGGGGUGUGUCUCAGGGUGUCCUUGGCCACCCUUCCAGGGAUGGGGCCGUAGCUUGGCUUGCGGAAGGGCCCAGCUCCCACCCCGGCAGCAUCUCCCAGGCGGGCUGGGAAAGACCCAUGGCCGAGGCCCUGCUAGUCAGUGAGACCCCGAAGAGCAGCAGCUGCUGCUGCUAGUCGUGUAGACUGAGCUGAAUGCACCGAAAUAGACCCCCAUGGGGGCAGGGUGGUGGUUUGGAUUGGGGGCUCUUACCUGCUUUUCUGCCCAAAGCGUCUGCCUUGGCCUCCCUUUAGGAAGAGCUGAGAAGGGGUCCCACCACACAAGAGGGCCAGAUCAGAGGUUUUGCUUUUUGCAGACCAGAUUUUAGUUUAUUUUGGGCCGGGGGUAAAAUCUGCCUCUCAAUACAUGUGUGUUUUCUGUUAUUACUUUCUUAGCUACGGUGUGCAUCCCUAUAAAUAAUUCCUAGUGUAAAUAAGUUUACAUUUGAAUUAAUUUAAUUUGCAUUUGGAGCUGUAUAUUAAAAGAUUUUCUUUGGGGUGAA